GUUUCAGCGCCAUUGCCGACAACCCAAUUUCAAAAAGAAAAAUAAAAAAACUCAAACUCAAUGAGUUCUUCUUUAACAACUCAUCAAGAAGAAGAUGAAGCGUUUGCCCAAGCAACAUACUUACGCAGCAUUGGCACCUUCGCCAAUGUGUUGAACGCAGCGCUUAUGCUUAAUUUGUUUGACAUUGUUAACGAAGCAACCGGUCCAAAUUCCCUCCAUGUCUCUGCUGUUGAAGUUGCUUCUAAGCUUCUCACAAAAAACCCCGAUGCUCCAUCGUAUAUCGACCGCAUGCUCCGGCUUCUCGCUUGCUAUAAUCUGCUCACUUGCGAGCUGCACCGCCGUGAAGAUGGGAGCAUCGAGAGACUCUAUGGACUAACUCCGGUUGGCAAAUGGUUUGCUCGCAGGGAAGAUGGAAAAUCUCUGGCUGCACUGAAACCGCAGAAAGAAAUAGAGAUGGUCUGGUUGCAGUUGAAUGAUUUAGUAAUGGAAGGAGGAGAUCUGUUUGAGAAAGUACAUAGAAUGCCAAUCUAUGAGUUUCUGAGCAAAAAUCCAAGGAAUGAUGAAUCUUUCAACAAGGCAAUGGCAAGCUUGUCUAAGAUUACAACGAGCAAAGUACUUGAUACAUACAAAGGAUUUGAGGAUUUGGCAUCACUGGUUGAUGUUGGAGGAGGAAUCGGUGCUACUCUCAGCAUGAUCAUCUCCAAGUACCCCACCAUUAAGGGCAUUAACUUUGAUGCACCUUAUGUUGUUGAAAAAGCCCCAGCAUGCCCAGGUAUUACGCAUGUUGGAGGAGAUAUGUUUUCAAAUAUUCCAAUAACAGCGGAUGCUUUUAUGAUGAAAAAUGUGCUUCACAAUUGGAAUGAUGAACAAUGCUUAAAGGUACUGAGAAAUUGCAAUGAGGCAUUGCCAAAAAAUGGGAAAUUGAUAGUAAUGGGUUGGAUACUUCCUGAAUAUCCAGAUUCAAGCAAUGCUUCAAAGUACCUUUCACAUAUGGACAUUCUUAUGAUUAUGCAUGGAGGCAAACAAAGAACUGAGAAUGAGUUCAAGGCCUUGGGAAAAGCUGCAGGAUUUUCAGAUUUUCAAGUCAAGUGUUUUGCUCAUUAUGUGGGGAUCAUGGAGUUUUUGAAAUAAGUUUUCCAGAUUCUAAUAACCACAGUAUCAAUAAAAUUAUAUACAUCUAAUUUUGAGUUGGAUACUUAGAUGAAUUAUAAUCAUGUGAUUUUAAAUUAAAAAUAAAAUAUCAUCUAAUCACAUGAUAAUAUAUUCUCUAAUUAUCUAAUUGCAUGUUCAAAAUUGGGUGUUUAUAACCUUGCUCUCAUAAUAAAGGUCUCUGUAAUUUCUGUGGUGAACUUUAUUAAUUAAUUAAGCAUGACAAUUGUUUUCUUGUGUUUA